AUGGCUCUGGCUACCACCUCUGAGGACAAGCACAGCGACUCGAGGUCGCGAUCGCACACCACGGAAGGCCGCACCGCGCCUGAGGCUGUCUACGCGUUGGCAGGGGUCGCGUCCCAGGUUCCACAGCCGUCAGAGCCCGAUGUCUAUCCAUCUUUUCACGAUAGAGAGCUUCCAGAAGCUCUGCACUGGCGGGGCCUGGACUCUGCCGGUGAGGGAGGGGUUGAGCCGCCUCUCCUCCGGUACGGUGUUCUAAUACCCAACUACGCCAGGUGCAUGGCGAGACGGGCGUGCAAGCUUCAGAUGUGCAAGUCGGAAUCUUGGGACGGCCUCACAGAAGAAAAGAUUGCCGAAGUUGCUGCAUACUAUCAGAGAGUCUGGCUUAUGUUCCGCGAACAAAUCAAGAUCGAGCUCCCUUGGGUGAUUCCUGCCACUGUCGUGCCUCUCAAUGUCACUGGAACUUCCCACAAGAGCCGCGUGCUCUACUUAUACACAAACGAGGAGCACAAGCGGCGCCGCCAGGACUUUACGCGCAAAAACAGGGAAGAAACUGCGGUGAAUUUCCUCCGGAAACUUUUCGAUUUACCGGAGAACACUGAAGCACGGUGGUAUUUCGAUGAUCAACACGCUUUCGAGCAUACGGGCACAUUCAGACUAGAAGAGUGA